AUUAGGUCAAUAGCGCUUUAUGGCUUCUAUGAUAUUUCAAAUUGUUAGUUGCAAUAAAACGGUAUUUCAUACAAUUAACAUCUAACAAGUAGUUAUUAAUUAUAAUAAAUUUAGCAUUUAAAUAUCAAUUAAAAAUAAUUAUACCUAUAAGUCAAUCGGAUUAAUGUGUAAGAAACGUAAAAAAAAGAAAAAAUACGGUCAAUAUUAAAAAUGGUAAACAUUACAUAAUCGUUCAAUAAAAAAAUUGGAGCAAAAAAUAAUCAGGAAUUUUGAUACUUUCAGAUGACAUAUGCAGAUAGCUAGUGACACGUAACCGAAGAAAAGUCUAACCAACCCUGUAGUUUACCACGAGCACUUUGAUUUAAUUAUGUACAAAUAUCUGGGCUUGUGCCUAGUAUUAACUUGCACAGCUGGAGUUCACGAUCCAGAUGCAUGGCGCCCCUAUCAUCACCACGAAGUGUACCAAGGAUUGCAGCAUUCGCCUAUAGCCGCAUUCCAAGAAGAUUACCAACAAAGCCAGGUACCAGGUAGAGACCAGUGCCAAGUUUAUAAAGUAGGUUUUACGCAGGACCUCUACUUCCAAUACAUUCAAUACAAAACCGAAAUACCGGAUUUGAAGCAGUUCACGUUGUGCUUUUGGACGAAGUUUUACAAUCACAGCAAUGAUCACCCGAUAUUUUCUUAUGCAGUGGACGGCCAACCGAGGGCGAUUUAUUCAUGGAUUUCAAACACCGAGAGAUCGAGCUACUUCAGUUUGGUGGUCGAAGGCCACACGUUUUACAGGCUGAAUUAUCCGUUCCGGUUAAACAGAUGGUAUCACACAUGCCAGAGCUGGAACGGUAAAACCGGCGAAUGGCAAAUAUGGGUUAAUGCGGAAAGAGUCGGAAGGGGCUUUCAUAACAGGUUGGUUAAUCACGUUAUUCCUGGUGGAGGAAUCGCAAUAACUGGACAAGAACAGAGGCAACUUGGAGGAGGAUUCCAAGAAGGUGUAGAGGCUCCAAAGGGAUCCGGGGGCAUGUUGGGUGAAAUUACUAUGCUGCAAUUGUACAAAGUCGCGCUAACGGCAGGAAAGGCUCAUAAAGACCAUAAGCACCACCACGCUCAUCAGUUCGACCACAACGGCAGGGCCAUAACCACACCGGCUCCGACCACUCCUAGAAACAGACCGGCCUUACCGCAACACCCGUUACUGACCGCCGGCCAAUUAAAUAAAAACCUGCGAAUUAACCUAGCUAACGGCCCUCAAACGGUGCAGGGCCAACAAUACGACACGCAAUUCGUCAACGGUCAAUUCGUUGGCAAUUUAUUAACUCAGCAAUUGGCAGCUCAGCAACAACAGCAACAACAACAACAACUGAUACCACAAUUACCCCAACAGCCGCAACAAUUCGUGCAAAGUCAACCGCAACAAUUUGUACAAAGUCAACCUCAACAAAUCAUACAAAGUCAACCUCAACAACAAUUUUUACCUCAAAGAGAUACCGGCCUUUUGCCUCAACAAGACUCGGGUCCGUACUCCAGACAAUUCGUGAGCUUCGGCGACACUGCCAUAGUGGACACCGAUUUCAAUCACGCUGUAGCGGACAGUUCAGCACCGGCAGCCCUCGAAACCCACAACGUAUUCAAGCGGCACAGCGACCAACGAACGCGCACCAAGUUGAAGAGGAGGCAGAUAGCGGGAGGCGGCAUCUUCGACGGGUCGGUGGUGGGACCCGGCGGAACGUACAGCUUCGAUCAGAGCUUGCUCUACGGCCUGGCCGGCGUCGGUCAGAACGAGGCCAUUUCGGAGAAGCAGAAGCAAACCGAGGACGAACGAGAACCCGCCGAAGCCGAGGUCAAAGCCGUGCUGAACGUCUGCACCGGUUGCGAUCCGGAGCCCUUCGACAAGGCCCUGGUGUUCGGCUGGAGGACUGUGCCCAAGAAAUUGUACUCCGGCGCUUUCUACACGCCCGCCGUGCCCGAAUGUAAAGUCUUUUAGAUGUUGUAAAUGUGUUAAUUAAUUAC